UGCAUUACAUUUGUGGGUGCAAAGGGGGGAGCUGCACAUUAAAAUCACAAUCCUAUUGUCAUAUUUUUACGUUUAUGUUUGGAAAAAGGUAGGGGCUGAAGUCCCCCCCCCCCCCAACUUCCGCAACCAUACCCUAAUAUGUUUUAUCCUUGUCACAUUGCAUCGGGAAAAUGUCCCCAUCCCCUUGUUGAACGAGCACGAUUUUAUGUUGUGAGGGGACGGUAUCACGAGUAUGAUAUACUGUUGGAGCUAUCCCCACUGCGUGCAAAACGAACUGUAUGUAUCCCAUAGCGUGGGGAUUGUAUCACGAGUAUACUAUACUGUUGAAACUGUCCCCACUGCGUAAAAAGUGAACUGUGUAUCCCAUAGCGUGGGGACUGCAUCACGAGUAUACUAUACUGUUGAAACUGUCCCCACCGCCGUGAAACUCAAACUUUAUUUCCCAUUGAGUGGGGACUGUAUCACGAGUAUAUAAUAGGGAGAGAACCCUUAUAUACAGUGUGUUUCAUUUGUGUGUGUUAUCAUUUUGCUACAGAGCUGUGCGAGAGUUGGGGACUGUGUUCUGGAGAAAGGAAGUGAUUUUCAUGCAUUCUGACCAUGGAACUGUAUGACGAAGCUUAUGAUGAAAAAUGGAUGAAGCAAGCAGUAUGCAUGGCUAAGCAGGCCCUAAGUAGAGGAGAGGUCCCAGUAGGUUGUCUCCUUGUAUAUAAUGAUCAGAUCAUAGGGACAGGUGGCAAUGCUGUCAACCAAACCAAAAAUGCCACAAGACAUGCCGAGAUCUUAGCUUUAGAAGUAGCAAUGAGAUGGUGUGAAGACAAAAAGAUGAAGAGAGAAGAGGUCUUCUCACAUACCAAACUAUUUGUGACAGUAGAACCCUGUAUCAUGUGUGCUGGGGCUCUGCGUAUUAUGGGUAUUAGAAAGGUUGUGUAUGGUUGUGCUAAUGAAAGGUUUGGCGGUUGUGGCUCCAUCUUGUCUGUACAUUCAGAUCAGCUAACAUCUACAGGAGAUACUUUUGAGUGCAAACCUGGGCUGUAUGCUGACACUGCUGUUCAACUUCUUCAAGAAUUUUACAAGGGACAGAAUCCUAAUGCUCCAAAUCCAAAGAUCAAGUCAUCUGGUGUGAAAAAUGAAGGUCAACAGUCCCCCUCUGAUAACACUGAAUCCAAGAACCAAAGUGAAACUUCAACCCCGGUCAAAUGAGGGUGUAGUGCUAAAAGCCAGUGGACUUUGCUGGUACUAACACCAAGCGAUUGAGGUCUAGUGCUCUCCAUCCAGUGGCUUUGUCUACAAAUGAACACUAAACAGUGGAGGCCAGAAGCUUUAGAAUUGACAGCUUUGACAUCAAACACCAGAUGAGGUGCAGUGCUCCAGUACCUGUGGUGUUUGCUGAUAUUCAACACCAAGCACUUGAUGUCAACUCCUUUGUAUCCAGAUCCUUUGACUUCCUAUGAAUACCAAGCUGUGGAGGUUAGAAGCUUUAGAGCAAGCAGCUCUGACAUUCCACACCAGAGAAUGACCAGUCAAGUGUGGUGUAGUGCUCCAGAAACUGUUGCGAGUGCUUACAAUAAACACCAAGCACUCAAUGUCCAUCAAACAACAGAUGAGGUGCAGUGCUCCAGAACCAGUGGUGCUUGCUGUGAGUGCUUAUAUUAAACACCAAGGUUAGAAGCUUUAGAGCAAGCAGCUCUGACAUUCCACACCAGAGAAUAACCAGUCAAGUGUGGUUUAGUGCUCCAGAAACUGCUGCGAGUGCUCAUAUUAAACACCAAGCACUUGAUGACAUCAAACACCAGAUGAGGUGCAGUGCUCCAGAACCAGUGGUGUCUGCUGAUAUUCAACAGCAAGCAAUUUAUGUCAAGUUCUCUGUAUCCAGAUCCUUAGACUUCCUAUGAAUACCAAGCUGUGGAGGCUAGAAGCUUUAGAGGAAGCAGCUCUGACAUUCCACACCAGAGAAUAACUAGUCAAGUGUGGUGUAGUGCUCCAGAAACUGUUGCGAGUGCUUAUUUAACACCAAGCACUUGAUGUCCAGUGAACAGUAUCAAGUGGCUAUGACUGUCAAUGUACAAUAAACAGUGGAGGUCAAAUGUCACAUCUAUUGGGCAAGUGCUCUGUUUCUUGAUGGUUAAAAUGGAAAGUAAGGUAUAAACCGUGAGCACAAACUCUAAAAUAAUAGUAGUGAUAUUGAAAUCAAAUUGCCAAUUUCGAAAUUAGGUCUUCUAGUAGCGUAGAUAAAGCAUUGUGAUAUCCAUUGAGAUUUUAAUGGUAUCAUAUUACCAUGGAUGCUUUGGAAUGAGUUUUCAAUCAAGUCAGACAUGUAUACAACAAAAAGAGGUUUAGGGCAAGGAACAAAAAUCAAAUGCAAGUCCAAAAUACCUGCUGAUAAUAGGUUUGAAAUCGAGUUAGAUAUGAUUCUUUAUGUUGUCUUUGAUUGCGUAUCUUCCUACAAUGGUUCUCCUUGCUGUGAACUAGAUACAUAGAAAGUAAACAAUAUGCAAUUUUUAUCAGAACUCAAUAAUAUUCAUAUUGGUAAAUCUGAAUAACCAAUAACAAAUAUGUUUUCUGGUCUCUUCUGUUCUUUACACCGGUGUGUUGGCUCAGUUGGUAGAGCGUCCGUCUCACAACCGGGAGGUCGGGGGUUCAAACGUCAGACCAAAAGACGUUAAAAGAUAGGAG